AUGCCACGCAGAUACGAUUUCCGCGAUCGUGCCACGGGUUGGGCUGGGAUGGCCCCCACCACUGGACUAGGAGAGAACUUUUACAGAGAUGCAAAGAAGGUGAAGCAUCUGAACAUGUACAAGGAGGGCAAGGCCGUGAGAAAUGCCAAGGGAGAAAUUAUCAAGGCUGCCUACUUGCAGGACACAAAGGCCCCAACGGCCAGAGUGGACCCCAACAGACGGUGGUUCGGUAACACGAGAGUGAUUGCGCAGGACGCUCUGACCCAUUUCAGAGAGGCCAUGGGCGACAAGAAGGACGACUCGUACACCGUGCUGCUGAAAAGAAACAAGCUGCCUAUGUCGCUUUUGGACGAGAAGGACACGAGCGAGUCUCCGAGCGCGCGUAUCUUGGAAACGGAGUCGUUCGAGCACACUUUUGGUCCUAAGGCCCAGCGCAAGAAGCCCACCACGGUGGUUUCCUCUCUGGAAGAGCUGGCCCAGCUCACCUCUGCGGAACAGACACAAUACGAGGAGAAACAGGAGCUCAAGCCCACGCUCGGACUUAUGGGCGGUGUCGACACCGAUGAGUUCAGCGCGGAGGCCAAGGAGUUCAUAUUCUCCAAGGGCCAGUCCAAGAGAAUCUGGAACGAACUGUACAAAGUGAUCGACUCGUCGGACGUGGUUAUCCACGUGCUGGAUGCCCGUGACCCACUGGGAACACGGUGCCAGUCUGUUGAGCAAUACAUCAAGAAGGAGUGUCCUCAUAAGCAUCUGAUCUUUGUGUUGAACAAGUGCGAUUUGGUUCCCACAUGGGUUGCUGUAAGUAUACCAUUUUUUUUCCACGUUUGA